UCAGUGUUUCCACACGGUAAAACUUUUAUGUAACAUCCACAUUUCCGGUAUUGCAUACGGAUUUCUUUAUCAUCCAAUCUACUUGCGUUGGACUCUCAUACCUGUGUCAUCCACCAUGACUGAUCGCUACAAUAUCCACAGCCAGCUUGAGCACUUGCAGUCCAAAUACAUUGGCACAGGCCAUGCCGACACCACCAAGUGGGAAUGGCUGGUGAACCAGCAUCGGGACUCCUACUGCUCUUACAUGGGACACUUUGAUCUACUCAACUACUUCUCCAUCGCCGAAAACGAGAGCAAGGCUCGGGUGCGCUUCAACCUGAUGGAGAAGAUGCUGCAGCCUUGUGGGCCUCCUGCUGACAAACCCGAUGACGCUUAGCCAGGGAGGGGAGAGGGGGCCCAGCCCGGCGCAGUUGGCAUGCCUGCUGUGUGGUGUUAGGGUGGCUGGGGGGAGGGCUGUCCAGAUGAAUAAGUCCAUUCUGCGUCAGUGGCUCUUCAAAACCGGAUGAAGUGUGACAUUCAUGGACUGAUGUUUGUACAUAGGAUCACUGUUGUUGCUUUUUUAUGUGUCCCCCCCCUUUUUCAGGAUGCUGUAGACCUGAGGAUGUUCAUGAUGUUGCAUUUUUCUAUAAUAAAAUGUUAAGUUUGAGGUUUA